AUGCUGCUGCUGUGGGUGGGUUUGAGUGGGCGUGGUGGGAGUAUCUUGUUAACCAAAAGCUACACUAGAACGAAUGAAAAGGAUAGGAAUGGCGCCGUGGCCGAGAAAGGAGAUGAAAUGGUAAAGUUGGCCGAGCAACGGGAACACAAAAGGACACAAAAAGAGGAAGCAGAAAAAGGAGGCCAAGGCGAAAGCAUUGGGACGCCGGGACGCGUUGUGCAGGAAAGAGGAGCCGUUCAUGCACGGCCAGCACGCAGCGAGAUGGCUGUGGAGAGGGCAGGUACGACCGCGACGAACAAUGGUGGCCUGGCCGAAGCGGUUAAGGAAGGAAGGAGCUGA